UUUUCUAUAGAAUUCUGAAACACGAAAAAUCUUUGCAGUUCUAAGGACCCCUACUUUCUACGGUUCUAGCUACUGUGCAACUGGUAGUGAUUUACAAAAAUUUUUUAAUUCUAAUUAUGUAGGAUACUCUUCUCUUGCUCCGAUUGGAACUCACAUACCAUUUAUUUUUCAAAAAAUGAUAUUACUUUUCAAUCUCGCUUGGCAGAACACUUUGAAAGGGAUCAAUAGUUCUCUGCGAUGAUAGACCCUUGUGUCUUAUAUCAAGAAAAACGAAACAUAACAGUUGCUUCCCUGGCAUUUUUGAUCAUUCGAAGGUACAAAAGACUGGAGACAAUAAAUACAACGUAUUUCAUAAAUUGCUUAUAGAAGUUUUUCUUUUAUAGCGAGGAUGUAUGUAUACGCUUAUUUUCAGUUUUAAAGUCUUUUAUUAUCGAUCUGGACAAAUUUAAUAUUCGUAUGCAAGUGAAGGGGGAUUCUCAAAUGAGCUUUGUUCCUUGGACAUAAAAAAGAGUAUCAAAGGCUCAAAACUAAAAACAUUUUGCUCUACACUGGAAACAAUUACGAUUGUUUCUAUCUUGGCAAAGCAAUCCCAUCGAAAUUUAAAAAGUAUAGAUGGAGAUUAUGCUCAAGAGCAUUUGAUAGCUGUCCCAGUUUUAGAAAGAGACUAUGCGAACUAUAUGGAAUAAUAAGAAGGACCAACUUCAGAAAAAGAAAAUUUUAUCUACUCACUAAUGUUUUCGUUUUUAUUUAUCAGUCAAAAACACACGGGCAAUUUGUUUGAUCCUCAUACAAUUAUUAAAACCAUAUCAUCGUGUCACUGUGGGAUGUGACGUAGACGCCGAAAGGAAUGUGGGCAGUUUCGUCAUGGGACAAAUAAACAAUAUGUAAGCGAAAUGGAUAUCAUGAAAAACGAAUAUGAUAAUUCCAAAUUCACGCGACUGAUAUGAAAAACAAAAGUAAAGGACAAAUAAGCGCUUUUACUAUAUGUAUAUCCUGUGUGGAUGAAGCUCAUGAAUGUGUCAAUUUAAAAAAAAAAAACACUGGAUGUUCUAAACUGGCAUAUUUUUAGUUUAUCCGACUAAGAUCCUUUUCGUCUCGAUUCUUUCUAUUCAUUGAUUUCUUCUCUUUCUUUUUUUUUAUGCCUUGAAUGUCUAGGUUCAUACUACGGCCGGCUUUUGUUGCCAUAAACCACGACGUUGUAGAAUGAGAAUUGACAUCAUAUCAUUUCGUAACAAAAUGGGAAUUUCGCAUACGAUAUUUAAAUAAUUAUGUACUGUGGAAGAAAAUAAAAAAAAUAUAUAUAUACAGGAUUGAAUUCAGCGAAAAUACUUUUGAAAAACAAAGAGAGAAAAAAGAAUAAAUUGGUUGAUUCAAUUCAUACAUCAUGAACACUGCCCUAUCGAAUUGCCGGCAUCAUGAACACUGCCCUAUUGAAUGGUCCGGCAUCUUGAAGCUUGCCUUUUUAUCAUAACCUUCUUUUCCGUAAUAUGCAAUCAUUCUCUUACAUUAUAUAAAGGAGUCAAUGGAAGCAUAAAUAUUCUGUCAACCUUUUGAAUCAAUCAAAAAGUGAGAGGUGGUUUAAUAACGAACGUCCUUUCAUAACCAGAAAAGGCUUUACUAUUCCUAUCUAUAUUGGCUUAUAACUGUUUGAUUAUACUAGUCUUUUUCAUCAAGUGAUUUUUAGUUACCCCAUGUAUCGUAAUUACAGUUGGUAUAAGGCUACAGAGCCUAAAACUUACGAGUCAGAGAUUUAUGAUAAUGGUCUCAAAUUUGAGCGACCUAGCAUCAGCGUCGAUCCUCAAUCAUGGGAGCCUUUAGCCAUCGACCGCAUGUCUAAAGAUGCUACCGGCUAUAUUUAUGGUUCUGCAGGAACACGUGAGACAACCGAUAAGAACGACAAGUCUUACAAAAAAUGGUCUAUAAUUCCUAGACGUUUAGUCAAGUCUGGCUUCCCAAACUUAAGUACUAAAGUAUUUGGUAUGGAUUAUUCAUUCCCCAUUGCUCUCGCUCCCAUCGGCGUUCAAAUGAUCUUUAAUCCAGAAGGAGAACGUGGUUCUAGUAGAGCAGCUACUCUGGAACAUGUUCCAUAUAUCAUAAGUACCGCUUCUUCCUUAAGCUUUGAAGAAAUUGCAAAAAGUAGCGGCCCUGGAGAACGCUGGUACCAGCUUUAUUGGCCUUCUAACGAGAAUAACGACAUCACCGCCAGUCUAUUGAAGCGCGCAAAGGAUACUGGCUGUAAAGUUCUUGUUGUCACCUUAGAUACAUAUAUAUUGGGCUGGCGUCCUUCUGACAUGGACAAUGGUUACGAUCCUUUCCUAAAGCCCGACCAAGUUGGUGUUGCCCUAGGAUUUAGUGAUCCCGUCUUUCGCAAGCGCUUCAAGGAAGAACAUGGUGUUGAGGUCGAACAAGAUUUACACAAGGCUGCCCGUGAAUUUUCUAGCAUUAUUUUUCCUGGUAUUUCUCACGACUGGGAGGAUUUGAAGUUCCUUCGAGAGCAUUGGGAUGGCCCUAUUGUUCUCAAAGGUAUUAUGAGCGUCCCUGAUGCCAAAAAGGCUGCCGAGCACGGUAUGCAAGGUAUCAUCGUCUCCAACCAUGGAGGUCGUCAACAAGAUGGCGGUGUAGCUUCUUUAACAAUGCUUCCGAAGAUCGUUGAUGCUGUCGGUGAUAAACUUGAAAUUCUUUUUGACUCUGGUAUACGAUGUGGUGCUGAUAUUGUAAAGGCACUUGCUCUUGGUGCGAAAAUGGUACUCAUUGGUCGUCCUUAUGCUUAUGGUUUGGCCAUUGCAGGUACAAAGGGUGUUUCUCAUGUGAUUCGUUGCCUUUUAGGCGACCUGGAAUUAACCUUGCAUUUAUCUGGUGUUCCUUCCGUUUCUCCUAAGGAUUUGAACCGUGAUCUUUUAUUGCUUGAAGACAACUAAAUUUCAUACUUGCUUUACGUUUUAUUUAUGAACUUUAUAGUCUUUGUUUGCAUGAUAACAGCUUCAGAACAGUACUGUUAACUUGAAAAUAAUGAGCAUUUCAUUUAUUCUCAAUAAAUAUCAGUUUUGCCGUCA